CAUUAUUCACAAAGCCCCCACUUUUGCUUGCCUUGCCUUUUGGGUACUCUGCUCGUUGGAGCUCGCAAAUCUCUAGCUGGAAAGCCUCUUUUGCCGAUCGAUUCCAUCGCAGCCCACCUCGAUUCUUGCCAAAUUGCCGCCGCCCACAGCGGUUUAGUCCCUCCUCGACCCACAUUGGAUGUCUAUGGGGGCCAGCAAGCAGGAAAGAGGCAAUGCAGCGGUGUGGGCGAUAGCGAUGGCGAUUCUCCUGGCCAGGGCUGCCAUUGCGUCAGCGUACAUGAUCUACCGGGUGGGCGACGACGAUGGAUGGACCGCCAACGCCCCCGGGAUCGAUUACACCAAGUGGGCAUCCCAGAAGGCCUUCCAAGUCGGGGACAUGCUAGUCUUCGCCUACUCUGGCGCGAAUCACACGGUGCUCCAGACGAGCAGCCAGGACGCAUUCGACGCUUGCAACACCGGGGUGGAGGACGCCAAGAUCUGGUCCGCGGAUGGCUCCUCCUCCUCCAACGUCAUGCUCACCACCCCGGGAAGAACAUACUUCCUCUGCACAGCAGACGACGGCGGCCACUGCCGCGCCGGGAUGAAAUUCGGGAUCGAUGUCACUGGCACCGCCCCCUCCGCUGGAUCCGAUGGCCUCGUCGCUCCAACCGGAUCGCCCCCCGUCGAUAGCUCCUGGAACUCACCAGGUCCCGUCACCGAUUUCUCGCCGCCCUUCCUCACUCCGGAUCCAUCCAGUUCUUCCUCCACCGGCAGCGCAAUUGCUCCGCCAGGAUCAAUCACCACUCCAUCGGAGAACUCGAAUUCGCCACUCUAUUCUCGCGCCACCCCCACCAGGAUGAUUGGCGAUGGAUUUGAGGUGGCGAUCCUUGUCUUUGCUGCCAUGGUGCUGUGAUCUUGUCAGAUCCAUCGUCUUAAUCGAUGCUGGAUGCGAGUGACUCGGCUCGCUUGAGAUCAAUCUAAACACUUCCAUCGAAUCAA